AGAUUUCUUUUGCAGUCUCAGUGAAAUUAGAGGGUGAUUGUACAAAAUGAUUAAAUUAGUAAAAUUAAGUUUAUUAAUAUUUUGUUUAAAACACGUUUCUACAAAAGUAAUUUCCGGUGAAAUAGAUACUAAUAAGGUAUAUAAUAUAAAUAUAAUACAAAAUCUCAUCAUUUGUUGAUAAAUGAAAACAUUGAAUUAGGAUUGGAUUUUCCUUGCAAGAUUCUGCUUUCUCUCUCGAGUGGGAAAAAUGAAUUUUACAUUCAUAUACCCAGUGGUAAUUAUAACAUCUUAUCAGUAAAAACUAAUAAGUUAUUGAAUAAAUAGAAUUAUCAACCGGAACGUAUAAUUCUAUACUUUGAUAAUCAAUGGCCGAAAGUCUAUAAAAAGGGUUUGGUGAGAUUUUUAUCUUUACUUUACUAUAUAUACAUAUAUAUAUAUAUAUUUGACACUUUAUUCUAUCUCACCUAUUUACACUCUAUCUUGUGAAAACUUCUAACUUGGCAGCAAAGCUAUUUUCAGUUGACACUUAUUUAUAAGCACGCUCCUUUCAAAACUGUUAUAAAACUCGCUGUUAAAUUAUCACUUUGUAUAGAGUUUCGUUUAAAGAACAAUGUACUUUUAAGAUCUACGAUGUAAUAAUAGUAUUAUUUGAAGUGCCUCUAACACAAAAAUAGACGUACUCUUAGUUUUGAUGUCCAAAAAAUACAUCAUUUUUACUUGCAUUUAAAAGGCAGACUCGUAAAAAGAGAGAGAAGAAAUUAACUAUAAAUUACACCUUCAAAGUAAAACAGCUAUUGAUUUGGAAAGAGAUGCUGAAAAUGUUGUAAAAAUUUUAUUGUUGGCAUUCUUAUCAAAUAGCAAUGUAUAAUUUAGAUCUAUGCAAAUAAUAUAUUAUAUUUUUUAUGUACAAUUUGUUGUGUCAGUUUAAACUAAUUUUUCUUAAAUAAUAUAGACAUGCAGCAAGAAGAAUUCAAUCAUUCAAAGCAUAAAUAAUCAAGAAAUAAUAUUAACGGAUCGGUAACCUGUUCUAAUUAUUCGUAGCUAUAGAGUUUCUAUUAUAUAUACUAAUAUAAAUUUAUAUAAGUAUAAUAACAAUUGUAUAGAUAGCGUGUUAUUUACGGAAUAACAUUUUCAGAGAAAGAGAUAGAUGGUCUGGAUGUAUUAUUCGAAAUUCAACAUAUCAUUGUGGAGGGGAAAGAAGUUUUACAUCGGCAAGACCACGUUGGUGGUUUAUAGUACUUUCAAAUUGUAAUACUAAACAGGGACUCAAAUUAAAUUAUAAAAUUAUCAUGACAAACGAUAGAGGAUUGUUUUUCGAACAAUUUUCAGCCGAUGAAUUUUAUAUUAUACAUAUUGACAUCUCAUAUCUAAUUGUCAAUGCAUUGAUGCUGUUAAUUACAGUAUUUUUCGCAUUUAAAUUAAAGUCUCGACAAUUCUUUCAUACAACUUACAAGAUAUAUUUAGUGUCUUUAACGUGUCAAGCCACAUAUCUAUUAAUAAUGAGCAUAUACUUAGGGAAAUUUGCAAAUGAUGGAAUUGAGAGACCGGGUGUAAAAACGUUUGCAAGGUUUUUCCAGUCAGCAUCAACUUGUUUUUUCUUGCUUUUAUUAAUUCUUAUGGGAAAAGGUUAUACUAUUACAAGAGGGCGCAUUAGUACAGGAGGAGUGAUAAAGAUUACUAUUUUUAUGACUAUAUACGUUAUAGCUUAUUUUAUACUAUUUGUGUUUGAAAAUAAAUUUUUUGAUCCUGGUUUAGUACUCUAUUUGUACGAAUCUCCGGCAGGAUAUGGUCUAAUUGGGCUUCAUAUACUUAGUUGGUUUUGGUUUUCCUAUGCAAUUUUCUGUACCAGAAAACGUUAUCCAGAGAAAAGUUCCUUUUACUACCUCUUUUAUUUGUUCUAUACUUUUUGGUUUCUAGCCAUGCCCAUAUUUGUGCUAAUUGCCUACUUCGUCAUUGAUAAAUGGGUAAGGGAAAAGGUUGUAAACGGAGUUGAGAAUACCAUAGCCUUCUUAGCACACUUAAUAUUCUUGAUAUUAACCAGACCUUCAGCUGCAAACAAAAAUUUUCCAUAUCAUGUAAAGACUACUCAGAUUGGAGUAAUGGACAAUGCUCCUCAUAUUGAGAUGAGAAACCAGAAAAAUUUUAAUCCUUUUUCUAAUGACUACAAUCCAACUUUUGAAUACGACGAACCAAUUGAAGGACAGAAAUCUUCUCAUUUAUUUACAAUUGACAACCCUAAUAAGAAUGAGAGUAAACAAACUCAGGUAUAAUUUCUAUUUCUUUUUCUCUGUUAUGUAAUCAUGAAAAUAAUCAUGCGAUGGGAAAAAUAUGUAUACUCAAAAAAUAACAAUGUACUACAACACGAUGUUGAUUACAAUGGAAGAGAAGUGAAUAUUAAUUAGUUAAAAAGCUUUAAAAUUGAUUAGUUAUAAAUCAUGGCUGCUGAUAAACAUUUUUUUAUUAUAUGAAUGUUAAAAGAGUUUAAACUUAUUUUCAGGAAGAAAAUAUAUUAGAAGAUAACGCAGCUCAGGAAGAUUUGGGAAGUUUAACUCAACUAAUUGUUGAUGAUGAACUAUUAAAAUAACCAUAUUUUCUUCUAUGUAAAAUUAUAUUAAAUCAAUUAUAAAAAAUGCAAUUUCUAGUAGGAAAGCUUAAAUGGAAAAGAGCAAAAUACUUUGCCAUAUUAUUAAAUUAUCACUAUUACUAUCAAAUGUUAAGUUACAGAGUUGUCUUGUUUCUAAAAAGGAAGCUAAAAUAUUUAUGAAUACUUAAAAAAAAUAUCGUAUCAAAUUAACUAUGUUCUAUUUCUUGUCCUUUUAAAAUUGUUAUAUCAGUUGAAAUAAGAAAAUAUCAAAUAAAUGUCA